AAACCAUAUUAAAGUUGGACAAGGGGUUGAAUUUCUUCUUAGUAAUGAUUAAAUGAAAAAAAAUGUGAAAAUUGGAAAUAUUUUUUCUCGAUUGUUUUUGGAUGUUGUUUGUUAUGUUCGCAGAUGUUGGAAAUGUGGAAAUUUUAUCCAUAUGUUGAGUAUCUCCAUACUGGACCACAAUUCAAUUUAAGUCGGGCUCACAAUCAAAAGAUAUGUCAUUGCAUUAAUUCUGAUUCAAAUGUAUUUUUUUAUACAGAGCAAGUUUUUCCAAUGUUUAGUAGGUAUAAGGAUUUCAGAAGCUGACAGAGAUAGAUAAUGACAUUGGGAAAAAAUUUACAAGCUCAGAGCAACUGUCCAAAAUAAGCUUAUUAAAAAUUCACAUAAUAGUAACGCUACUUUUCCAAUCAAAUGAAAACAUUUUCAAAAUUGCGCCGCUCCCGCUUGACACUAACAUUGGUUUAAAUGGCAUGACCCUUUUUUAUUCACUUAAAAUUCUGCAUCUUUCUUAAAAAUGUUUAAUAAUAAUAAUAUUUAUUAUACCGUUAUCCGUGUGGGUACACUUACGGUCGUCAUUGGGAAAAAAAUAUUACAAACAAAAAUACAAAGAUACAUUCAGAGACUAACUAACAGAGGAGGAUAACAGAGUACAAUUUUACAUAUUACAUCGCAUGACAGUUUUUCAUGAACUCUCCCUGACAAUAAAAAGCAUGUUUUGAGGCGUGACAUAAGAGCUCCAAUGGGCAUAGAUCUUAUAUUAUUAGGGAGGCUGUUGUACAGAAGUUGAGAUUGGUGGACUACACCAUCCUGUGUUUUUGACAACCUGCAGUACUUAGUUCGAAUGUUAUGCUUAAGCCUAGUAUCGUGAUCGUGUACGUUACAUUGUUUUUUUGCCAUUGAUAAGUUCUGCUUAGCAUAACAAAUCGCUUCGAAAAUGAACAUGCAAGGAAAAGUAAGAAUGUUCAGUUCAAUAAAAGCCUUCUUGCAAUCCUCCCUGUAUUUCAACCCAGCUAUAAUUCUGAUGGCUCGGCGCUGCAAUCUAAACAUGCACUGCCAAUGUGAAGUACGUCCCCAUGCUAAUAUUGCAUAUAAGAGGAUGCUUUGGAUGAGAGCAUAGUAUGCAGUUUUGACAAUCUUUGUUGAUGUACUAUUCCGCAAUCGUAACAUCAAAAAAAUAGCUGUAUUAAUUUUUUUUGUUAGAUGAUCACAGUGGUAAUUAAAAUAUAACACAUAACUAAAAUUGGUGGAAUUUUUUUGCGUUGACCCAUUUAAUAUAAUUACAAUUGUUUGGUGGCGUCAGAUAAAUGUAACACUGUUUUGGAUAAUCAUCAACUUCGAUUCUUGGGGAUUUCUCGACUAUUACAAAAGUCGGUGGUAGAGGGGUAUAUUGAAAAUUCAAUCCGGAAUAAGGGUGAAACAGCAGAAAAGAUCUUUAUUAAACCUCCCAGCGCAAGUUUAAUUGCAUGUGUUCCACAUCUUUUCAUUAUGGUAACUGAAAUUCAAAUUAUGUAGGUACACAUAAACUCAAAAAAUGUUACUGAUACCUUACUUACACUUUGUGUAUAUUUCUAUCUGCGGUUUAUUGAAUAUCGUUAUAAAUAUUACUAAAUCCACCGAAUAAUAAAAUUAACCUUAUGCACUCGCAUUAAAAUAAUUGCGUUUCAUUGGCCUGCAUUUUUCAUCGACUAAUUUCAAAGGCCUCGAGGAUCCUUCGCAAAAAAUUAGAUUUUUUUGUCCCCAUGGUGCGUUCUACCAGGGACACACUGUAUACAAUGACUAAUAAUGAGCACGUCAUGCGAUUAGCGUUUAUAGAGCCACAGAAUCAUCAGUGGGUCUUGUCAAAAAUUCAGUUACAAAGUUGGGUUAUGUAGUAUUUUUUUAAUAAAUAUUUAACACAAAAUAAAUAUGACUGAAAACAAUGAACAGGAAUCCGUAGAAAGCCUGAAAGAAUUAGGAAACACUGCAAUUCGGAAUAAAAAAUAUGAAGAGGCAAUCUUACACUACACUUAUGCUCUUAAAAUGGAACCAACAAAUUUUACCCUCUACAGUAACCGAUCGUUUGCAUUCUUAAAGGUUCAUCAAUAUUAUUUAGCGAUGGAGGAUGCAAAUGAGACUAUUAGAUUAAAUCCUUCAUGGGCAAAGGGCUACUUUCGUAAAGGCGAAAUUGAGUUAGCGACAUAUCAGUACAGUGACGCUUUUAAUUCGUAUCAGAAAGCUUUAAUGUUGCAACCAAAUGAUUCUGUGAUUAUUAGUGCAAUGACAAAAACUCUACAGGAGCAGAAGAAGGACCAGAACGCAGAUAGCCAAAUUCCAUGGGUGGGCGCUGGAGUUGGGAUCGUCUUGGGUGUUAUAAUUGUAAUUGCCGAUUACAUGUGUACAAACAAGCCAACUUUAACGCAUCCGAUUUUAAUGGCAUUGCUGACAAUAACAAUUGCGAUGAUAGGGUAUGGAAUUGCGAGAGCGCUUCGUUACUAUACCAAAUGCCAGAGAAAUGCCUUAGUAGAUGUUCCUAUUAAUUUAUUUGAUGAAGAAAAUAUGCCAGCAGAUGACACAGGGAAAGACGAAACUGAAUCAAAAACCACUACGAAUCAUAGAUACAGCAAAUCUCAAGCCAGGCAAAGGUAUAAGAAAGGAAAAGCCUAGUUUUUGUUAUAAAUAUUUUUUUAUUCAUUCCGGAUGUUUUAUUAUGUGCUGUAAUAUAAUUUGAUAUCAGUAUCUAUUAAAAAAUAAUGUUUAUAAUUAAACUUUUCAAUUCUGUA